GACGCUGCAGUCUAUGAAAGCGGAAGUCUUCUGACGACAUUUGUUUUGAAAAAAAGGCUAGUGGAAGAAAAAUGGAGCCAAAGGCUGAGACUAGUCACAAGCUGGUGUUUGAGAAGGAGGGGGUUUACCUUCACACCAAUGCCAAGAGGAGCAACCAGGACACCACAAUCCCAGGAUUCAUCCGUAUAGUGGAACGGGGUGGGGAGCCAGCUUUGGAGUGGAGCGCACUAGAGGACGAGGACCGCAAUACGGCUGCUGUAUUCUACACUAAAAAGGAUGGAGAAGGAGGGGUGGAGGACACCAACUUUGACCCUGGCUACGAGCCAGACUGGGCAGUCAUCAGCACAGUGAAGAGAGACAGAGUCAGAGAGCACCCCCCUGUCAAAGAGACAAGCCAGUGGUCGUUCUCCCUGCCUCUGUCGGAGCUGUACUCUCUGCGACGGUCCCGUUUCUCCCUGGGGCGUAACUUCCUGGUUUUUACUAGCAGGGGUGGCCACCCCCUCCCUCCUCUGCACUUCCAUAGGGGGGGCACCAGGGAGCUGUUGAGGGCCCUGCAGCGUUACAUCAUCCUGGCCCCAUCACCUGUAGAUGGUCGUCUCUUCCUAGCGUAUCCCCAUGACUCUGGGGCUCUCUCUCAGUCCUUUGAUGAGCUGCACCUCUUUGACGAUGGAAGCUCCGACCUCGUCUCUAGGUUUAUCCAGGACCCUUAUGCCACCACCUUUGGGGGAUUCUCCAAGGUCACCAAUUUCUUCAGAGGGGCUCUACGACCACCAGAUUCCCCCUUCCACUCUCGUGGCCCUCAGGACCACCAUGGGCCCCCUCCUGAUGACGAACCAGGCUUUGAGCUCAUCACCUGUGGGGUGGAGCUUGGCCCUAAACCAGACGUAACCAGGGGACAGCCUCUUGACAAAUGGGAGGAGUUCCUGGACCCAGAGGGGCGUGUGAAGGACCCACAGCAAAUCAAAGAGCUGGUCUUCAGGGGGGGUAUCACACCAUCCCUGAGGAAGGACGUGUGGAAGUUUCUGCUGGGUUUCUAUCCCUGGAAUAGUACCGUGAAAGAGAGGGAGGACAUUCUGAGGAUGAAAACAGAUGAGUAUUUCAGAAUGAAGGUUCAGUGGAAGUCAGUCAGUGAAGAGCAGGAGAUGAAGAACUCCCUCCUCAGAGGAUACCGCAGUCUGAUAGAAAGGGACGUGAGUCGGACGGACAGACACAACACCUUCUUCUCUGGCAACGACAACCCAGGCCUGACUCUUCUCAAUGACGUGCUGAUGACAUACUGCAUGUUCAACUUUGAUCUGGGCUAUGUCCAGGGGAUGAGUGACCUCUUGGCUCCUCUCCUUUUUGUCACUCAGAACGAAGUGGAGUCCUUCUGGUGUCUGACAGGUUUUAUGGAGAUGGUGCACCAGAACUUUGAGGAGUCUCAGGAGGCCAUGAAGCAACAGCUCCUUCAGCUCAGCCUGCUGAUGAAGGCUCUGGACCCUGAGCUCCUUGACUACCUGGACUCCCAGGACAGUGGCUCUCUGUGCUUCUGUUUCCGUUGGUUACUGAUAUGGUUUAAGAGAGAGUUCUCCUUCGAGGACAUCCUGUCCCUUUGGGAGGUUCUUUGGACUCGUCUGCCCUGUGAAAACUUCCAUCUGCUGAUGGCCGCUUCCAUUCUGGAAUCACAGAGGGGGGAGUUCAUCGGCUCUGACCACGACUUCAACACUAUUUUGAAGCACAUCAAUGAACUGACCAUGAAGCUGGAUCUGCAGACAGUCCUACGAGGAGCAGAAGCUAACUACCUACAGCUGGCCUGCUGCAAAGAGCUGCCGGUGAAGGUGCAGGAGGUCAUUGGUCUGUACGUUCCCCCCAGCCCUGAUGACGAGACAAGCCCAGAAUCAGAGUCACAUGAGACGCAGUAGAUUCUCAGCCGAUCACAGGCAGCAGCUACUGAAACAAGCCAGUCAAGUAACAGCACUGCUGCUACAGCAGCACGCCCUCGCCCUACCUACCCGUAACUCUGAAGGACAGGGUGAUUGACAUGAGUAGAGAAAGCCGUUAACCGAUAUGAGGUGUUCCAUAUAGGAAUAUAUACGCUCAAUGGCCAGUUACUUGUUUUUAUUUUCUAGGUACACCCAUCUAGGUACUGGGUCGGACACCCUUUUGCCUCCAGAACAGCUUAAAUUCUUGGGGACGUGGACAUGUUGCUCAAUUGAUAUCAAGGGACCUAACAUGUGCGAAGGAAAACAUUCCCCAUGCCAUUACUUUACCUGCCACCAGUCUGUACCGUUGACACCAGGCAGGAUGGGUCCAUGGACUCACGCUGCUUACACCAAAUCCUGACUCUGUCGUCAGCAUGAUGCAACAGGAAUCGUGAUUUGUCGGACCAGGCAAUGUUUUUCCACUUCUCAAUUGUCCAGUGUUGGUGAUUGCGUACCCACUGGAGCCACUUCGUUUUUAGCUGAUAGGAAUGGAACCCGGUGUGCUCGUCUGCUGCAAUAGCCCAUCCAUGAAAAGGACAGAGGUCAGCGGUUCAAGGUGGCGUUCUGCACACCACUGUUGUAUUGCGCCGUUAUUUGCCUGUUAGUUUGCAUGAUUCUUGCCAUUCUCCUUCGACCUCUCAUCAACGAGCUGUUUUCACCCACAGGACUGCUGCUGCCUGGAUGUUUUUUGUUUGUCACACCAUUCUCGGUAAACCCUAGACACUAUCCUGUGCGAGAAGCCCAGGAGGGUGGUCGUUUCUGGGCGCCUGGCACCAACGAUCAUACCGCACUCAAAGUCGCUUAGGGCACUUGUUUUGCCCUGGCACGAACCGGCUCAAAGCCCGUAACAAAAGGGAGACAACGUGGAGAUAAGGCAUAACAAAAGAUAUAUUUAUUAACUAAAGCAGCUAAGGAAAAUAUACAAUGGUGUGUGUAAUCAGUAGUGUAAGUGAGUGUUUUGCAUGCAUGAAUGUGAUAAUGCAGGGUGUUGAAAGAUGCUGUCGCAAACAACCCAAAACCACCAAGAAACACAACAAAAUCCAUAAAGGUGUCUGCAUGGAGAGAGUCUCCUCCAUGAAUGGGGAAGUGGUGUAUUUAUCCUGGGAGACACCGGGCCCAGGUGUUUCCCAUGUAGCUGACGACCCUCCCAACUCCGCCCACCAGCAUCCUAAUAAGGAAAUAACAGAGAGAGAAUACGGAAUAGUAACUGAAUGCCUGUCUGCCUGCUUUAUAUAGGCCAUGGCACUCACUGCCUGUAGGAGCUAACCAUUUUUGUGAAUGGGGUGGUGUACCUAAUAAACUGGCCAUUUAUUGUAUAUUGGAUGAUAUGGGGCAUAGGAGAGAGUGUUUGAUGAUGUACUGUAGUGCAUGAUGAGGGUUGCAGACUGUUACCAUCUCUGACAGACUGGGCAUUAGAGUGAUAGGUUGUUUUUUCAUGAAUGUAACUAUCCCAAAAUAUUGAAAUGGUCUACAUAUGUAGUGCGUUGUCUUUAUAUAAAUACCGCAAUACAUUUUUUUUGUUUCCCUUAAAUAUUUUGUGAAUCCAAGUCAUGUCCAGUCAUUUAUAUUUCCAUUUGUGUACCUGUCUUGUGAGAAUUUUUUUUUUCAUUUUUUUUUCUUCCAAAUUCUUCUUUGUGAAAUGCUUCCAUUUUAAAAUUCUGUUAAAUUGUUUUAUCCCUGUCUUUAUCUCAGCCCAUUUGUCCCUUUUUUUUAAUGGUGUAUCAUUGUGGUCUGCAUUAUUUCCACCCUGUUGUUCUCCUGUUCCUUCUAUCCAUGCUCUCCUCUCUAUUGCUGUCCUUGUCACUCUAAGUAAUACUAAAUAUAAAAUGAAGAAUAAUCUUACUGACAGAGUAUUACAAGUACUAUAAAAUGCCUGCCUUAGUGUUAUACAUGCAGUACUAUAAUGUUUAAGGUUUUUAACUACUGGUAUUAUGUCAUAACAAUAUUUUCACUUAUCUGAAAUUGCUGAAUCUUGCCAAAUAAAGGGUACAAAAACAAUCUA